AUGAAUUUCCAAGUCUUCACGAGAAUCGGAUACAAUGUUUCGCCCCACAAAACACGGAAACUAACCUUCCGUUUCUUUCCUUCUUUCUUUCCUUCACUUAAUUUCAUCCACUCUUUCUUUUUGUUUUCUUUUUGUUCCGACAUGUUUUUUUUUUCUUGUUUUCCAUUCUCUUUUUCUUCCUUUCCUUCAAUUCGAUUUCUCUACCCUUUCUUCUUUUUUCGCCUUUCUUUUUCUUUUCUAUACUCUUUUUCUCCUCUCUUUCUUUUUUCCACUGUUUUUCUGAAGUCUUCCUUUUUUCAAAUACCCCCUCUUUAUUCUUUAUCUUUUUUUCCACCAUUUUUCUUUUUCUCAAUUUUUUCUUUUCUUUUUCUCAACUCUUGCGUUUUCCUUCCUUUCACUUUUCUUUCUAGUUUUCUUUUCUUCCACUCUUCCUUUUUCUUUCAUUCAUUAUUUUCUUUUUUUCCACUUUCUCUUUUAACUCUUUCUUUCCCUAUUCUUCUCACUUUCUUUUCUUCUUCUUCUCUACUCUUUGUUUUUUUCCUUUACUUCACUUUUUCGCCGUUCCAUAUAGUUUUCUUUUCUUCACUCCUUUCCUUUGUUUUCCACUUCUUUUCUCCACUAUUUCUUUUCGCCUUUAAUUUCCAAUCUUUUCUCUCUACCUUCCUUUCUCUUAUUCUUACUUUUCUUCUUCUUUCAUCCCUAUCUUGCUUUCGUAUCUUCUACUCUACCUUUCUUUUAUUUUCUCUCUCUCUCUCUUUAUUUUCUUGA